AGUUCGCAAAGGGAAAUAAACACGCGCGCUCCGUUGUUUACGAUUGAAAGAUAUUUAAGAAUAUAUAUAUAUCGCCGCGAAAUAAAUAUUUCGGUUCUCGUUAAAAAUAUUCACAUUAUCAUUUGAAGUUAUUUUUCAAUUAAAAUAUUUUUUUUCUGGAAUUUUCGUAAGUUUCCGCUUGAAAAAAAAUCAAAGCAACGGAAAUAGUUAAUAACAAAGCGCAGUGCAAAUAAAUAGUGAAAUAUUAAUGUGGCAACAGUAGCAACUGUCUACUGGCAACCUGCAACAGCAGCAACUUGCGACCAGAAACUUGCAACACAGGCGGCAAAACGGCGUUUCUACCGCAGCGUCGCCUCUUCGGCGGCGGGAAUGUGCCACCGGCGGCGUCCAUGAAGCACCAGCCGCCGCCCCCGCCACUCCCCCUCAGCCAGCCGCCGGCGAUGGGCGGCCCACUCGCUGGGGGCGUGGCCAGUGUCAUCAGCAGCAUCAACGGCAGCAGCAACAUCAACAACAACAACAACGUCAUCGAGACGGUUAAAUGCCGUCCACCCAUUUACCCUAAACCUAAAACGCCAUCGUUCGACAAGGAUCGGGAUUAUAUAGGCUUCGCCACCCUUCCAGAGCAAGUGCACCGGAAGUCGGUGAAGCGGGGCUUCGAGUUCACCCUGAUGGUGGUCGGCGAAUCCGGCCUGGGCAAGUCCACCCUCAUCAACAGCCUCUUCCUGGGCGAUCUCUACAAGAACCGACAGAUGCCCAAUGUGGAGGAGCGGAUCGAGAAGACGACGAAAGUGGAGAAGAAGACGAUGGACAUCGAGGAGCGGGGCGUGCGACUCCGGCUGACGGUGGUGGACACCCCCGGAUUCGGGGAUGCCAUCAACUGCGAGGACAGCUGGCGGGUGUGCACCCAGUACAUCGACGAGCAGUUCCGCCAGUACUUCACCGACGAGAGCGGACUCAAUCGACGCAACAUCCAGGACAACCGGGUGCACUGCUGUCUCUAUUUCGUCCCCCCAUGGGGCCACAGCCUGCGACAGAUGGAUCUGGACCUGAUCCGACGGCUGCACCGCAAGGUCAACAUAGUGCUGGUGAUCGGCAAGGCCGACUGUCUCAAUAAACAGGAGGUGCGCAAGCUGAAGGAGCGCAUCCUGCAGGACCUGGAGGACAACCACAUCCAGCUGUACCAGUUCCCCGAGUGCGAUUCCGACGAGGACGACGACUUCAAGCAGCAGGACCGCGAACUGAAGGCCUCCAUCCCGUUCGCCGUGGUCGGCAGCAACACCAUCCUGGAGGUGGCCGGCAAGAAGGUCCGGGGUCGCCAGUAUCCGUGGGGCGUGGUCAACGUGGAGGACCCGGAGCACAGCGACUUCAUCAAGCUGCGCACCUUCUUGAUAUCCACGCAUAUGCAGGACCUCAAGGACACCACGCAGGACGUGCACUACGAGAACUUCCGGGCCCAAUGCAUCUCGCAGAUUUCGCAGCACGCGCUGCGCGAGCGCGGCAAGUUGAAGAGGGACUCGAUCAGCUCGACCAACGGAUUCGACGCGGCCAUCUCGGAAACGGACAGGUUGCUCCUGCAGAAGGACGAGGAGAUACGGAGGAUGCAGGACAUGCUCACCCAGAUGCAGGAGAAGCUCAAGCAGACCCAUCUCAUGGAGAUGAAGAAGAAUGACAGCGUGAUCGACGUCUAGGAAACGUGUUCAAUUUUGCACCGCGAUAUAUGCAUCUACCUAAUAUAUAGGACCUAUAUGGUGACCCAGAGAAAUCCUGGAGCAGCUGCAACCAAAUCGACUUUGUUCAUAAGCUAGCACAGACUUUUUAAAAACGCCUCCUUGAACUGAAACCAUUCGAUCCCAAAAUUAAGACAACGACACGAUGACGCACAAGGAAAUCCGACAUAAACUUUUGACAUCACAGACUUUUUCAAUUUUGUAGCUAAAGCAACGAUUUCUUUUAGGAUUAACGAUUUAAUGGAACACAUCUAUCUUGAGGAAUUAGCUAUUGAUCAAUACGAUUACGAUAUUAUACCAAAGUUUAAGGAGUUUCAAAAACUUAACGCAAGUAAAUUGUUAAUGGAAAGAUCAACAAACCACAGAGGCACAUAGAAGUACCGUUACAGAGAAAGACAUAGACAGACCCCAAAAUGGUUUUAUUUAUUUUAUUAUUCUUUUUGAUUUUUACUUGGUUUUUAUGUUUUAAACUGCAAACAGGGGAGAGCCGAAUUUUGAGCAGGUUUGCCUUUAUUAUGUGUAAAGAACUUAUAAAAUUUACAUUGUAAGAAUAUAUCAGAUUGGACGGUAUAUAUAUAUAUAUGAACAUAUAUAUAUGUGUGUGUAGGAAAAACCGCUGGAGGUUUUGGCACUGAAUUUCCAUAAAUCGACUUUCAGCGAGUUCCAAUUAUUUAUGCUAAUUACGUAUUAUCAGAUAUAUGUAUCUAUGAACAAAACCUAUUUUGUUGAAACGAAUUGUUAAUGAAUUUAUUUUAAAUUAAUCGAUUAAGCCUUCACGCAACAACCAUAAUAUUUAAAUGAAAUUAUAGUCGAAAAAUUAUAUAUAAACAUAGCGAUUGCUAAAAAUCGAUUUCAAAUAAAGAUAAAAACAACUAAUUUGAUUUUUGACUA